AUGUCGCGAUACAACUACAACAACUACUACGAUCCGGUGGGCAGCCAGGCGAACCAGCCGUCAGGAUACACCUACUUGGGCAACACUGGCCAGCAGCAACCGCAGUCCUCGAAUGCCACGCAGUAUGCCAGCAGUGCAGCAUCGAACUACCAGACGGGCUACAAUCAGAGCUAUGCCGACACGUAUGGUGGACAGCAGUAUGCCUCUACAACGCAGAGUCAGCAGCCGAGCACGGCAAGCACGAGCAGAGCUGCCAACACGCUGAGUUCUUUGAGGAAUGCUCAAGGCUACGCGCAAUCAGCUCUUGCGAAUCAGCAGCCCAGCAGUGAUACCGCAGGUGGCUACGACAACACCUACUACAAUCCCUCCAACGCCUUUGCACAGUCAACCAGCAGGACACAUUCGAACGAGUCGCCACUCUACAACACUGCAGCAUCCACCUUUGGGCGGCUCAGUCUACCAGAUCAGUCGCAGACCACCUCGAACACAUAUGCGAACAACCAGUACCAGUCCACCUCCACGCCUUCUACCAAGUACCAGAACGCGCCUUCUAGUGCAGGGUUGAAGAACCGGUCAUAUCGCACAGCUUACACUCAAGAGCAGUCGCAAACACAACCUCCUCAGAGAUACGCGAGUCCGUUUCAGGCGGUCCAAGCACAGGGACACGCGAAGAACUCUUCGACAAGCUCAAAUCACCAACCUUCACCUCAGAUGAAUGUGCAGCAGCUACAAAGCCAGCACCAGCGACAGCAAAGCGCACCCGUCGAACCUUCUGCGAUGACAGUUGACCCUUCACAAGUUUACGAUUUCCGUGCCGAACAGCAGCGAAAGGCGGAAAUCGAGGCAGUGAAGCGACGACAAAGAGAAGCAGAAGCGGCACAGCGCAAGGCUGAGGAAGACGCAGAGACAGCACGAAAGGAAGAAGAGGAGCGCGUAGAACGGGAGCAGCGUGAAGCCGAAGAAACGGCGAGCAAGGCCGCUGAAGCCGAGGCGAAAAAGAAAGCGGCGCAAGAGCGGAAGAACGAACAGCGACGCAAGGCGCGUGAAGAGAAACGUCAAAGUAAGACGGCAGCGACUGCAUUAACGCAGAUGGCAUCUGGGUCUGGAGGUGACGCCGGAAUGAUGGCCAUGAUGGGUAUCGAUGAAUCGGUCGCGCCUGCAAAUGCUGAGGAAGCCGAGAUGCGCGCCAUGUUCAAGAAGAUGCGCGAGUUCAACGCGAAGAACCCCCAGAUGCUGGCAAAACUUUGGGAGGAAGAAAGGACAGCACAUGCGACUCAAGCCAGUUCACCUCAACCCGCCAAGCCUGCACAAACAGCGCCACCCAAGCAACCAAAGGCAGACGCCACGGGACCGCGUCCUUUCACGAAGCCUGUCGCACAAGCAUCUCCCGCUGCUGCAACUCCCACACAGCGAGCCAGCGCUACGCUAUGGCCACCGCACAAGAAAGGCAGUCUUGCAGAAGCUGCAGCGAAGUGGCUGAAUGGUUUGGCCGAGAAUCGCAGUGCUAAUAAAACGAUUGGGAAGGAGACCGUGCUUAAGAUUCUCGAUACCAACCCGUCGUAUGUACAGCUCUGCGAAUCGAUCGAGAAAAAUGGGAUCAAGUUCGAACGUUCGGCAUUGGCGAAGGAACUGCUGAAGGCGGUGCCAGACGGGCUCCGUAACAACAAUGCGAAUAAGCCUGUGACGCCGUCAGCCCCAGUGACUGGCGUGGCGGCCAAUGGCUCGUCAGGUUCUCCCGCAAACACCUCGCAGGAGAGAGGUCCUGGAAGACCGGGCAAGGAUGGGCCCUUGAACUAUGGCGUUCCUCAUGCACAGCGUAGCGCUGGACCAGUCAACUAUCAAACGCCUUCGUUCACCAGUCUCAGUGACGCAGCACGAGCGGUCCACAACAUGGAUGCCACCCCAUCAUAUCCACCUCACUUGUCCAAUACGCUCACAUCUGCAAUCACCAGCGCCGCAGCUCAGCCUGCAGUUCAGAGUCCAUACUUUGAUCAGCCCAUCUCCGCUGACAACCCCGUUCAAGCCCUGACGCCUGAGAUGAAAGCAGAGGAGAAGCCAGAAGAGCCACGUCGCCCUCCAGCCAACAAGGAAGAGGCUGCAAGGAAGCGCACCUUCACUGACUUGGUUGACCUUUCUAAGGAUGAUUCAGAUGACGACGAAGGACCACCACGAAAGAUUCAGCAGCCACUUGGAGGACCGACUAAUGGCGCACUGAAGCAUGCACCCUCGAACGAGGCGUUUCGGAAACCGAUGUCGUUCGAUGAGUUCAGGCGAGCAGGCACUGCUGGUAUAGCGCCAGGACAGGGUGCAUUGCAUCCCUUCGCUCCAGCGCGUUCGUGGAUGAACUUUGGUCAACGCCCUACGAUUCCCGGUCAGACACUGGCAACUCCUGCGCCUGUACCUGCUACCAAAACAAAAGGACCAACUGAAGAGCAGAAACAGUACGAGCGUAUGCGCGGGAAGAUGCUGGUGGAGCCAAUUAUGCGUGACCGUGUUGCUCGUAAGUCGAAGUAUGACAGUCGCACGAUUGCACGAGAUGUACUCCUCGCUACCGGACGUCAUCCCGACAUGCGUGCCUUGAACGCUCACCUCAACACGAUGCAGAAGCUGCUGGGUGACCACGGUGGCGUCAUCGAUGGCGCAGGGAACAAGAGUGAUCUCGCUACGGUGAAGUGGGACAUCAUCGACCCGGGCGAGCCGGCCGAGGAUGCCAAAGCGAAGGCGAAAUCUGCAUCGGCUGGACGCGAGAAGAAGUCGACGGAUGCCGAUGGCACCAAAGAGGACGACGAUGAUGUCACAGAUGUUGACGAUGAGGGUGACUGGGCGACUGGGAGAGCAGAAGAAGCCUUGCGCAAGAUCCGUAAGGAGGGUAUGGACAUGGAACAGGCUCUUCUCGAGGUCAAAGAUCCAAUGGUGCGCAAGCAGAUCAGGAACCGCAUCCACGUCCAGCGACACAAAGAAAAGUACGGCGACAAGCGGCGGACUAAGAGGGCCAGCGAGGUUGUCGCGACUGACACUGCUGGCGAGCAAAGCGAUUCUCAGCAGCACCUUGACUCUGUUCAAGAGCAGCUGCGGGGAAGUGAGAGCGGGCCAGCCCGAGGACGCGGUCGGCCACCCAAAAAUCGACGCGACUCCAACUUGCCAACAUCAAACAACGCGACACCAGCCCGCAGUACACCUCAACCUCGUCCAUCCGCCGCCUCGUCCGCAAGCGCCAAAAUGUCUGGUGGUGCACCCGUUGGAUAUGCUGCCUUCCGUGAACUCGACGCGAACGGCAAUCCGAUCAAGAAGAAAGGACGACCAGUCGGCUGGCGCAAGAGUGUCAACUCGCGUGAAGCCCAAGGACUGACUCCCAACAAGUCGCUCAGUCAGGUCAAGCCUAGUCGUCAACGUCAGUCUACCGGCCCCACCGCCGCGAAGGAAGACCUCGUGCAGCCAGAGUAUCAAGUCUACAAGUGCAGGUGGACAGACUGCACUGCAGAACUUGACAACCUCGACCGUCUCAAGAAGCAUGUCGUCAAGCUUCACGGCGGCGCAAACGACGAAGGCGACUUCGAAUGUUUGUGGCGCUCGUGCAAGUUUGCCGGUAAGCAUGUUGACGCGAACGGCAAGGCACGCGAUGGCGACGUUGGCGUGACUAGCUUCGAGACGAUGGAUCACUGGAUGAAGCAUGUCGACAAGGAGCAUUUGAAUGAAGUGGCGUGGAAGCUUGGUGACGGCCCACGGGGUGGCAGUGUCACUGACUCUCUCACCAACUCAGAUCGAUAUCUCUCAGACCGGCAUGGCCGAUCUGUCACGCCUAUCAUUGUGCCAGCAUCGGAAAAGCAGCAGAGGUCACCAGCAGAAGACCCAGCAGAGCCAGCGUCAGCGUCAGCGUUUCAGCCUGUGUUGACAUCGGACGUUCCAGCCCGGCCUCGCAUCGGCAGACCGCCAAAGAACCCGCAGCAUGUUGGUAUGAGUAAGGAGGAAGUUGAGGCGAAGGAGGAGCUUAAGAAGUUGGAGAAUCAGAAGCGCGCGGAGGGAGUGUCGAUGGGGCAGGAGGGGUGUAGGUUGGUCAAUGAGAAGCGGAGACGGGGGUUUCUUGAUGAUGAGGAUUUUGAGGAUUUGGUUUAUGAUAGUGAGCCGGAUUUCUCGUGA